GCUUUGUAAGUAGGAAAACCUGCAAAAUCGGCAGUGUAUCAAAUACUUGGUUCUACCCACUGUACAUAUUUGCCUCAAUUUCAGAACCCAUGGGUAGAUUUACAGAUUUAUGUUUAGGGAAAAAUGUUGCCUUUUACGGGCAAAUGAAGAAAGGUGGUUUGAUUCAUUGUGAAAGCUGACACAUUCAGAUCAUCAAUGGUAACGUUGGAAGUAAUGUAGCCUACAAAAUAAUUAUAAUAUGUAGAAUAGUAUACAGCAGUAUCAUAUAAUAAAUAUUUCCUAAUUGCCCGCAUUGAUCAUUGAACUGUUUGAUGGCAAGUACAAAGUCUUGCGGCAUGCAUAAAGUUCAAAGAAACAGUUUGAAGUCCAUAAUUAUUUAUUUUUACUACAAUUUGUAUUUGGCCUUCAUUAAAUAGUAUCCACUAUUAUUUGACCCUCCGCCACAACCACAAGGACUCCCUUACAGUGGAAAGAAAUAAAGGAGUUAAAUAUAUGUGGUUAUGGUCGCUACCCACAGUUGCUUAUAAUAUUUAACAUAGGCUAUUCAUUUUAUCCCUGCAAGUUAUAAGGCCAUACAAUUAAUAUUCUGCAUAAUGGCACAGCAUUUCAUACUUCACUGUGGGAAAGGGCAUAAAUAGGCCUACCUGUCAUGUUUAUAUGUUUUUCAGAUUCCUUCCAUUCAUCUGCAGCGAUCAUAAGGAGCAUGAGUUGCCAGAGGCCGUCGUUCAGGAGGAUGAAGACGACGUGGAGGAACUCAGGAACAGUCUGCGGGAGGUGGUCCAGGACCAGUCUGUGAAGCCCAAGCUGCAGUGUCUGAUGGUGGACCCGUCCUUCUCCAUGGUGACUGUUCAGAGUGAGGACAGCGGCAUAGUCUGGGAAACGGCCUCCAGCCGAUGCUCCACCCCCUGGGCGUCGGAGGCCAGCUACAGCUCUGACACCUACAGUUUGGAUGGCUCUGCUACCGGUGGUGGAGGUGCACAGGGCAAAAUUACCAUUGUCUUCGAUGAGGACAAGAUAGUUCGGAGGAGGAAGAGGAUGAGAGGAAAGGCCAGGCUGGGGGAGAGGCUAAGGAGACCCGGGAGCUCCAGGUCUGGCUCGACACUGGGGGUGGAGAGGCCUGAGAUGGCUGAGGUGUCUGUGCCAAACAUCCGUGUGGAGAGUGUAGAGUCAGACACAGAGUCAGGGGAAGUGAAAGACAAAGAGCAGGAGCUGUUUAGUCUGAUUUCAGAGGGUUAUGAGAUCCUCAACAUCAAAGUCCCGUCCAAACUGCCCACAGUGGACGAGGAGGAGAGCACUGAGCUGCAGGAUAACCUGUCCUACUUGGAGGAGACACCCAGGAUCAGGUCCAAAUCCAGGCGGGGCUCUGAGGCCUUACCUGCCCAGGACUACCCAGAAAUGAAGGAGGUACAGGAGGGCACAGAAGGAGAAGAAGUAGGAGAGUCUAAGCCCUCAGAACCCACAGAGCAACAGGGGCCUCACAGCCACAGGGACGGCACCAGCGACAUGGACUACUUUGAGGCAUUUACCCUCCUGGAUGAGGUGGUUCCUGGGCAGCAGGUUCCAGAGCCAGUGGGAGACGAGACACCCACGAAGCCCCAACGAGAGGAGACUAAUCUGGGGCAGAUGACAGCCACAGACAGCCUCUCUGCAGCUCCGGACGAUGACUUUGUGUUUGUCACAGACAUGGAGAUUGCCAGCGAGCGUUUGGAUGAGGUGUUCUACGGGAACAAACACCACGCACCCCCAGAGGACCUGAUGAAAAGGGGAGAAGAGGAUGAAGAGGAGGGAGGGAAGGAAGGAAGAAGGGAGAGUCUGAGGUCUCUGAAGGAAAGUGGGUCAGCGCUGUUCGGCAGAGAGGAGAGCAUCCUCACCCCCAUCUUCCUCUCCCCAGGACCCCCUAAGAUCAUUGAUCCCAUCCUGCUAGAGGAACCCACAGCCAUGUCCUUCCUCUACUCCGACCUGUACGAGGACGCCAUGGGGGAGAGGAGGAGGAGCGACGAGGAAGGCUCAGAGGCAGAAAGCGUGGGGUCGGACAGAUCGUUCCAGAGGCGACUGUCUGAUUCAGAGGAAACAGACGGAUACCUGGAGAAGUUUAUCCUGAAAGACGAGACUCCCAAUGUGGAGGACCAAUCAGAAGAAGUGGAUGGUAAAGGGGAGGGGCUAAUGAUGUGGUCGCAGAGUAAGUUUGAGCUGACCGGAUUCCUAACGAGAGUGGUGGAAGAAGAAGAGGAGGAGAAGGAGGAGUGUAAGAAUGAGGAGAUCAAAGCUGCAGAGAUGAAUGGGUACCUGCAACCAGCAGGAUAUAAAGAGAUGGAGGAAUCAACAGAGAUGGAAGAAUCAACAGAGAAAUCUUUGCUGCACAUCAAGGAAACUGGUCCAGAAAAAGACUCUGAGUCUGUAAAUACAGACAGCAAAGUGUCUCAAGUUGAGAAGGACCAUCUAGUCCCAGGAAAGAAACCUGAGAAGGUUGAUGUGGUAGAGGAAGCUAAAAGUGAGACAACACCUGAGGCACAUGAGUCCGAGGUUGACAGCCAGGAGGAGGUAGUGUCAGAUAAAGUAUCCCAUGAAACAGAGCUACUAGCUCAGGCAGAGGAGGUGAAAAAACAAGACAAAGUAGAAGUGUCUAGAGUGGCAAAACCAGUUGUAAUUCAGGAGCCUGUGGUUGUACAGGUGAAUCAGGUGUCAACUGAAAGUAAAACAGAGACUGUAAUUAAAGCAUCUGAACCUGUAAGAGCAGAGGAUGCUAUUAAAGAUCCAACUGAGGCCAUAGCAGGAGCACUGGAGCUACACAGGGUCUCUCAAAAGGCAGUUACUGAUUUAUCAGUAGUUGUUGUGAAAGUAUCAGAUGAUACUAAAAUGGCAUCUGAAAUUGCAGCUGAAGCAAUCAAUAGAAUGGAAAUGCUAGCUGAAGCACACAAAGUUGAAAAAGUAGAGAAUAGAUCUGAGGAGCCUGUGAGUGUAGCGGAGGAGUCCUUCACACACAAUCCUGAAGCCAAAGUAGUUCCAACUGCCCCUCCUGCAGAAGCUGCGGAGCGAUGGGCGUCACUUCUUGCCCCUGCUGAGGGAGAUAAGGGACAGGAGAAAGAGCCAAUGAAGAAGCAGGACUUGGAAGGUGAGGACGAGUGGGUGUUCACUCCCCUCAGGAGCUUUGCUCCUCAGGAAGACCUCUCUGAGCUGCACAGAGAAACUGUCGUUUCAGAGAUGGAGCUGCACAGGGAGACUGCAGAAGAGCUGGAGUAUGAGAUAAUCUCGCAGCAGGAGGCAAGAGAAAUGAUGGUGUCUGAGACAGAGAGAAAACAGCUCUGCCCAGGCCCUAACUCUAAUCUAGAGAGAGAGAGGGAGCUGGAGAAAGAAAAGGAGAGAGAGAUGGAGUUGGAGAGGGAGAGAAAGAAGCAGAGGCUCAAGGAGGAGGAGAGACAGGAGAGGGAGGAGUGGGAGAGAGAGGAGAGGGGGAAACAUGAGAAGGAGAGACAGAUGGGGUUGGAGAAGGAAAGAGAAAGGGAGAGGCUAAGGCUGAAGGAGGCAAAGGAGAGACAGGAGAAGGAGAACAAGGAGGAGAAGGAGAGACAGAUGGAGUUGGAGCGGGAAAGAGAAAAUGAGAGACUGAGGCGGAAGGAGAGGGAGGAGAAGGAGAGACAGGAGAGGGAAAGACAGAUGGAGUUGGAGAGGGAGAGAGAAAGGGAGAUGCAUAGGCUGAAGGAGGAGAGCGAGGAGAAGGAGAGACAGGUGGAGAGGGAGAGAGAAAAGGACAGGCAGAGGCUGAAGGAAGAGAAAGAGAGACAGGAGAGGGAGAGACAGAUGGAAAGGGAGCGAGAAAAGGACAGGCAGAGACUGAAGGAAGAGAAAGCGAGACAGGAGAGGGCAGAGAAGGAGAGACAUGAGAGGGAGGAAAAGGAGAGGGAGAGAGAGUUGUUGAGGGAGGAGGAGAGACAGGAGAGGGAGGAGAGGGAGCAGAAGGAGAGACAGGAGAGAGAGAGGGAGAGAGAAAGAGACAAUCAGAGGCUGAAGGAGAAGGAGCGACAGGAGAGGAAGAGUGAGAUGGAGUUGGUAUUGGAGGGAGAAAAGCAGAAGGAAAGGGUGAGAGAAAACCUGUUGGUGGAUAUGGAGAGGCAGAAGGAGCGAGAGAUGGAGGAGAGGGUAAGAGAAGAGAGAGGGCUGGAUCUCCCCGCUUACGAGGAGCCCAUUGAGGCUGAUUAUGAGAUAUUCGAUGCGGAGGAGGAGAGCCAGGCCAGAGCAGCUGCUGCCCUACAGGGGAUGGAUUGCUUCUGUCUGGGCUGUGGUUGUCUGCUCUCUGAGACUGACAGACUGUCUGGAGGACACCAGGAUCAUGAGGUCACCAGCGUGGAGACAGCCUACGAAGACAUCAGGGAGAGGCUGAGUGAGUGGAUCUCAGAACUGCAGGAGAGAUCAGAGAACAUUGAGGAUCUGGUGUCAGAACUAGAGCUGGGAUACAACACUGUAGAGGACCAUUGCAGGGACAGUGAAGAGGUAAUGGAGGCUCAGAAUGAGGAGAUGAUGGCUCUGGUGAUGGAGCAGUACAACACCAUGUCUCUGAGCAUGGAGGAGGAAAAGAAGGCAAAGCUGGAGCAGCUUUACGACCAGAUCGUCUCCUUCCAGGAGAGUAUAGACCAGACCAAGGUCACACUGGACACCACCGCUAGAGAGGCAGAUAUAGACCCAGACACACAGACAUCCAAAGACAUCUAUAUGAGGUUAACUGAAGCACUACAGUCAGCCAUGUCUUUGGAGCUGGGUCCUCGGGGACUACUAGUGUUUGAAGACUACGCCAAGGGCAAUGCAGCAAAUACACACACACGACGCAAGGGAAUCCCAGUUCCUCAAAAGCCGUCUCUGCAGCCUCAGGAGUGUGCUUCAGCCAGCAGCACCAGUGUGACUGUUUACUGGAGGGUCAACCCUGGAGACAUCAUAGACUGCUUCCAGGUCUACUGUAUGGAAGACCCACAAGGAGCGGUGUCGGAUGAGUACCGUGUGACAGUGAAGGAGAGUUACUGUGUUCUAGAGGAGCUGGAGCCUGACAAGGUGUAUAAAGUGUGGGUGAUGGCUGUCAACUAUACCGGCUGCUCUCUGCCCAGUGAGAGACUACCCUUCAGAACUGCCCCAUCGGUGCCAGUGAUUGAUACGGGGCGGUGUACGAUACUGUGGGACUCGGCCACGUUACGUUGGAAUGUGGACAACCAAACACCCAUGCAGAGUUACACCCUGGAGUACUGCAGACAGUACGCCCUUGAGGGAGAAGGGCUUAGGUCUAUCUCAGGUAUCCAGGGCAGACAACAGAGGGUACUACUGCAUCCCAAUGAGAACUACCUGUUCUACAUCAAAGCUGUCAACAAGGCUGGAGCCAGCGAACAGAGCGAAGCUGCUCUCAUAUCUACCAGGGGAACUAGGUUCCACCUGUUGAAGGCUUCGGCUCACCCUGUCCUGAAACUGUCUGAGGACCAGACCACCCUGUACUACCCCCAGGACACAUACACAGAGAGAGGGGAUGUGGUUAACGAAUGUCCAUCUGUCCUGGGUGAGUUGUUACCCAUGAGGGGGCAUCACUACUGGGAGACCGAUGUGACCAGAAGUUCUGCAUACCGGGUGGGAGUGGCAUAUGAGACAGCCAAUAGGGACAGUCUACUGGGGGAGAACAACACUUCCUGGUGUCUGCAUUGUGUCCCUACACCCUACAGUUGUCGGUUUGAGCUGCUCCACGGCAGUGUUCAGUCAGAUGUGUUCGUGGGGGAGGUGCCCUCUCAUAUUGGCACACUGCUAGACUACAAGCAAGGCCGUCUGUCCUUCUAUAACACCCAGCGCGGCCAGCUGCUCGGGACCCUCGCCCACUGCUUCACCCAGCCAUGCCACCCUGUCCUGGGCAUGGAGCAGCCAGGCAGCCUGAAAGUCAGCAUGGCCCUGGAGGUGGCCGACUUCGCCAAGCAUAGCUAGCCAAGCACCAGAACAUCCCUAUGCAAGAUAUGUGAUCAUAAGUACCCAUGGAUUUAAUAGAAAUCAAAUUUUAUAAAGCUAGAACAGUGAUAGCUACACUUUUAAUGGAAUAAAUAGCCAAUCUCUCUGGACUCUCCCCGAUGAGGGUGGUGGCUAUAGCUGUAUCAGGACAUUCGCUGACUCAGUGAUGAAAGAGACAGGAGUGAGAGGAAGAACUGUAGUUGCUUCAGUAGUAUAGAUUUGAAAGAAAGUGCAAAUCUUGAAGGUAAUGGGAAAAAUAUUUUAUAAAUAGGAAAAACAAUCAGAGCAAUAGUCAAUAUCUAUCGCUCAAUUAUUGCUGUUUUAUUUCUCUUGUGAAUUUGACAGGGUGUGUUCUUGUUGAGGUGAAAUGUUUAAUAUCUGAGAUUAGUAUUAAUUCAUCUUUUGGCUAUAUUUUUUAACAUGUUUUGUCAAUUGUCUUGUGUGCUUUAAUUUCUCCAGUAUCUCCUUCUCUCUUUUCUCAGCAAUCUUACUCAUCUCUCCUAGAGCCUUUAGUAGGUACAGUAGGCACACAGCCAAGAUGCACAUUAAACUGUAUGUAACUACCAGGGUAUUGAACCCAGGUAGUCUGUGUGACUCAAUACUGUGUUAGCCCACUGAGCUACUUGCAAGGCAAGUUCAUUACCUGGAGAUUGUGUGGAUAAAGAUACUAGUAACUAUUUUGUUUAAAACCAUAGCACUACUUGUGUUUCAUGUUGUGAAUACUGGUGUAUAAAUAACCUUGUAAACAGAUAUGUUUGAAUCUCUUCUGUGUGUUUGUUUGGAAUCAUUUCUGAAUGAUGAUGAAUUCAAGUUUCUCUUUGUUGAAUGUCUUCAUGUUAGAGUCUGAUGGAGAGAUGGCUAUUUUUGUAUUUGAGACAGCACUGAAUAAACUCCUAAGGAGA